ACGUGCUUUAUGUGCUAAUUGUGCAACAUUUUCACGACACCACCAAUCAUCAUUAUUGAUUGUUUGUAAUUUUAAUUGUUCAACAUUUGCUGUUGUAGCAGCAAUAUAUUCAGCAGAGAAUCCACUGGUCGAAUUGGAAUCGAAUGCAUGCUGCUGAAACUUAUUCGAUCGAAAAAAAAAAAAUUUGAUUUGAAAACGAAAAAAUGAAACAUCGAAAAAUUCCAAAAAGUGAUCGUCAUAAAAAGAUUAAAUCCGUGAAUCAAUUGCAAGAAAUCAAUGUUAUUAAUGAUAAUGUUGUUAAAAAUAAUUUUAAUCAAUCAGUUCCAAGAAAAUUACAAGAAAUUUUAGAUGCAAAAAAAGAAUCAAACAAUGCUACAAAGAUGAAGAAAAAGAAGAAAAAUAAAUUCUUAACCAAUGGUCUGGUUACGAUUGUUAAACCAUCGGAAAAAUUUGAAAUCGAACCUGGAAUGACAAGAAAACCAAAACCAUUACCUGAAAUGGUAAUCAAAGAUUUAAAUGAAAGUAAUCAUCAUUUUAUGAAUCGUUUAAAUAAAAUGAUAUCACAAUCAAUGGCUGAAGCUAAUCUUGAAGAACAUUUUGAUUUAGAUCUUGGUGAUCAAAUUCCAAUCGAUAAAAUGGAUUCGAAACAAAAUCGUUUACUUUCAGCUAACGAUGAUAAUGAUAAUAACGAUCCACAACAACAGAAAAAACAGCAACGAAAAAAAGAAAAAAAUCGACAAAAUUUACUUCGACGUAAAGCAAGAAAAUUAGGAAAACAACAUCGAUUAAUAAAACAAUUGAAUAAAAAUAUUGAUGAUCAUCAUCAUCAUCAUAAUGAUAAAGAUUUUGUAAAAUUCGGUGAAGUUGUACAUUGUCCACCAAAUUUUGAACAAUUAUUUAAGAAAAGAAAAAAAUAAAAACUUU